GACAGCGCGCGCUUCACCCCACGGGCGGACUCACUGUUGGGUGGCGGCUGCACCAAGCCUGGCUGGGAGUCCGGGGGCCGCAGGAGCGGACGCGCGCCAAGGUCCCGAAGGACUCCGGGCAGAGCUUUCUGCUCUCUCCGGCUCGGCCCAGCCUAGGAGAAGAGGGGCGCUGGAACGUGGCCGCCGCGCUCACCGCUGAAGCGAGUAUUUCAGCCAAGAUCCAGGGCCUGGCGGCUCAAGGCAAGACAUUGUCGACAGGCGUGAGUGAGUGGCCACCCAGCUCUAUGUGCCCCACGCCCGGAGUGGCAGCCUGGGGGGGGGGGAAGUAUGGGAAGAAAAAUUGCACGCGAGGAAAAGUGAGGAGCAUUAGGGAGAGUUGAUGAAGAAGUAUGAAUCAGAAAAAACCAAGGGAGACUCCCUGGCUCUGCGCCCGGUCCCAAGAGCUCUUGCCCUUUUACUUUCCUACCUCUCUCAGUUUUAGCCCACAUGCUAUGAGUGACACCAGGGUUUUUCAUCUUAGAAACUGAUGGAACUCAACGGUGUUGAAGCUAUAAAAUCACCAAGUUGGUUCCGAUUACAUCUCUGUUAAUAUUUGUGCUUUAAUUACCCAGGUUUCUCCCAAGAUAAAUACCGAUCAAGUAACAGGGUCAACAGGUGUGGACGCGUUUGCAUAAGCAUUCCUUCCUAAAAAAGAAAGAUGCUGUAGUAUAACUUCCAUUUUAUACAGUAAGUUUGGAACCGAAAAAUCAAUUCCUUCCAACUCCAGAAUUGCAUGAUUCUCUACCAUGUGCUAACAGUACUGCAAGAAAGUGCUGUGAUGGGACUUAGCCAAUGCUUAACACUGUUCUAAGUGCCUUUUAAAUCUUAACUCAUUUCGUAUUCGAGACAACUCAGGUGAGCAAGUCGCAUGCUACGUUGCAUCUUGCUUUCUAUUCAUUGUUGUCUCGGGUUUUUCCCUAAAAACGAUUUGUUUCAUCUCUGUCGUGAUGCCAGUAGGGUUGACUAUUCCAAAUGGAAGUCCCAUGAAUUGCCAAGGUCUGUGUGCUCAGAUUCACCUUAGGUUUCAGCUGUAAUACACAAAAUUAAUUGUUUCAUAAUUUUGACUGUUAAUGAACAACAUUAUCUGUGAAUUAUAUGUGGUUUUCCCAACCUUGGCUUUUUUUUUUCUUUAAUGUUGGAAGAUUUUAGAGGAAUGCAUAGUAUCCAUUUAUCCAAUGAAAAAUUGUGAGCCCCUACUGUACAUCCAGGCUUGAGUUUACAAGCAUAACACUAAAUUCACAUCCUAAAGGAGCUGAUAGGUAAGAUAGAAAGACAUUAAAACAAAUGUACAAGAUACCAUGGAAUAUAUGGGUUUAUUCAUUCCAGUAGUACAACCUAACUACCCAUUGAAAUCACCUGGAGAGCUUUAAGAGCCACUGAUGCCUGUAUCCCUAACCCAGAAAUUCCAGCUUAAUUGAUCUUGGGUAUACCUUGGGUAUUCUGAUCGUUAAAAGCUCUGUAUGUCAUUCAAAUGUGCAAGAUUGAAAACUACUGAUUGAUUCAACAAAUACAUACUGACAGAGGCCUUCUUUGUGCCAUUUACUGUGAGUACAAGAAUAAAUAUGAGAUUGAUCUUGCUAAAGUCACUAAUGAGCUCAUUCCACUGACACUGUUUCGACUUCUUCCCCUUUCCGUGCUAUUUAAGAUGUUUAUCCCCUCUCUAAUCCUUAGAUACUCUCCUGUAUUGGCUUUCGAAUGUUCUUCGAUUUGUUCCUCCCAGCUCCCGUGUUCAUCUGUCCCUUUGCACUUCAUUUUUCCUCUGUUUCUUAAAUGUCAGUGCUUCUGAAGCUUACUUCCAAGAUUUGAAACCAAUCUGUUCAUGAAGAGUGACGGCAUACCAGCCACAGUAUGUCAAGAAGGAAGAAAAGAUCCAAUAGAAAUGUUUCAUUCUGGGCAGCUGGUAAAAGUCUGUGCCCCAAUGGUUCGCUAUUCAAAGUUGGCUUUUAGAACACUAGUGAGAAAAUACAAUUGUGAUCUGUGUUAUACACCAAUGAUAGUUGCUGCUGAUUUUGUGAAAUCUAUAAAAGCCAGAGACAGUGAAUUUACCACAAACCAAGGUGAUUGCCCAUUGAUUGUUCAGUUUGCUGCUAAUGAUGCAAGACUUUUAUCUGAAGCUGCUCGAAUAGUCUAUCCUUAUGCAAAUGGAAUAGACAUUAACUGUGGUUGCCCUCAGAGGUGGGCAAUGGCAGAAGGUUAUGGGGCUUGCUUGAUAAACAAGCCAGAGCUUGUUCGAGAUAUGGUGAAACAAGUAAGAAAUCAAGUGGAAAACCCCAGAUUUUCAGUUUCUAUUAAAAUAAGGAUCCAUGAAGAUCUCAGAAGAACAGUAGAUCUUUGUCAAAAGGCUGAAGCAACGGGAGUUUCCUGGAUUACAAUCCAUGGAAGAACUGUUGAAGAAAGACAUCAGCCAGUACACUAUGAUGCUAUUAAAAUAAUUAAGGAAAAUAUAUCUAUACCUGUAAUUGCUAAUGGAGACAUCAGAAGCUUAAAAGAAGCAGAAAAUGUGUGGCAGGUGACUGGAACAGAUGGUGUGAUGGUUGCAAGAGGACUUUUAGCAAACCCUGCCAUGUUUGCUGGAUAUGAGGAAACCCCACUGAAAUGCAUCUGGGACUGGGUUGACAUCGCCCUUGAACUUGGAACUCCGUAUAUGUGUUUCCAUCAACACCUAAUGUACAUGAUGGAAAAGAUAACUUCAAGGCAAGAAAAAAGAGUAUUCAAUGCUCUGUCAAGCACAUCGGCAGUCUUGGAUUACCUCACAGACCAUUACAGCAGUUGACCUCACAAGUCAUUGUCAUAUAUAUUUUAUACCUACAGUAUAAAUACAAUCAUUGGGAGCAUUUUAAAACAUGUAUCCUGGGCCGGCGCCACGGCUCAAUAGACUAAUCCUCCACCUGCGGCACCGGCACACCAGGUUCUAGUCCCGGUCGGGGGCGCCAGAUUCUGUCCCGGUUGCCCCUCUUCCAGGCCAGCUCUCUGCUGUGGCCUGGGAAGGCAGUGGAGGAUGGCCCAAGUGCUUGGGCCCUGCACCCCAUGGGAGACCAGGAGAAGCACCUGGCUCCUGCCUUCAGAUCAGCACGGUGUGCUGACCGCAUUGCGGCGGCCAUUGGAGGGUGAAUCAAUGGCAAAGGAAGACCUUUCCCUCUGUCUCUCUCUCUCACUGUCCACUCUGCCUGUCCAAAAAAAAAAAAAAAAAAAAAAAAAACAUGUAUCCUGGACUUAUUCUUCAAAGAUUCUGAUUCAGUAGAUCUGGAGAUGAUUCGAAAUUUAAGACCCCAUGUGGUUCGAAUAUCCUGCUCAUCGUGUUAUGUAUUUGUUGGCGGGAGGGGGGAUUUUUUUUCCUAAAAGAAUCAUGGUUUUAACAUUUUUAAAUAAAACUUUAUUUUAAUACUAAUAAAGUGUGACUCAGCAUUUAUAAGUGAACAAGAAGUGUGUUUUGAAUUUUAAAAAGUGCAGAGAAGUGGUAGAACAAAUGGCAACAUCCAUAUAAAAUGAGAAAGAACAAAAAAUUCUGAAUAGAAUUAUACUCAGGACUUCCUUUAAAA